GUUGUCAUUUUACACAAUUAAGAUGGGCCACUAAACGUGACAUUCGGUCCAUGAUCUAUUGAUGGAGCCUUAUGAUGAUGAAAGAGCAGCUCAGAUCAUCAUAAAUAUAUAAAAUGAUUGACAUUGCAGAUUGCAGCAGCGUCUUAAUCGGAUGAAAUGCCAUUUUUGGAGAAACUGAAAGGAUUUCUUCAUCGGAUCGUCCAGGAAGUAAAGGCGCCAACAACUGUCGGUAUGAUUGCUGGAUUCAUUUUCGGUGCGACUCCACGGUUGAUUUCUCUAAUCGUUGGUGCAACUGCAUCCCUCCAAGUGGUCCAAGAUUCAAUCAAAUUAUUAGGAGAUGGCACGCUGCCUUGCAUCACUCUUCUACUAGGAGGAAACCUUUACCAAGGAUUAAGCGCAGGAAGAUUAAAAGCUUCACUCGUUAUUGGGGUCACUAUAGUGCGCUACGUUAUUCUUCCUUUGAUCGGACUGGCCGUGGUUAAAGCAGCUGGUGAUUUAGGGUUCCUAUCACCAGAUCCCUUGUAUCGAUGUGUGCUCAUGAUACAGUUUACUGUCCCACCCGCAGUGAGCAUCGGAACCAUGACCCAACUGUAUGAUGUGGGUCAAGACGAAUGCUCCGUCAUCUUCCUAUGGACAUAUUUGAUUGCCGCCGUAGCAAUUACUGUCUGGUUGACCAUCUUCAUGUGGAUCCUAUCUUGAACAAAUAUAGGCAGCAGCAAUCCUCAUAAUCAAGGGCCCAUCGAAUGUCCAGGCCACAUUUGUUAACAUGUGAUUACAUCUUUUAGUUUUUUGGGCCACCGAUGCUGAUUGGAAUGUUGUGUUCAACGCGAUUAAGCAUGAAAGCAGAGAUUGGUAGGGGCCAGUGGUGAGAAUUGAUCAGGAUAUUGAGUCAAUCCAAAAAUUCUUGAGGGUCUGUUUGGAUGUAAAAAUGACUUUGAUUGCAAUAAUUAAAUUACAACAAGGUGAUAGUGAAGCACACCCAGAUCCAUAGCUCAACCGGCAGACUGAGUGGAGAUACCUCCUUUCAACACUUGAGGUCUUGGUAUCGAUCCCUAGCGGGGGUGGCUAACAUGGAGUGUGUGUACUGACAUGUGUGUGUACUAACAAGCUAACCCC